AGAACACCAGUGUGCAAUUUCAGACACAGCCUGAGUUUCAGAACUCCUAAGGCUGGUUGAAUUAAAACUACUACGCCCAUCAUGCAAAGCGAACGGUUGGCCUUCACGUCAGACUUUUGAACAUACGUGGCUUCUCCUGAAACUCGCAGUGCACAAUGGAUUUGGAGGCUAUGACCAGAUACACAAGUCCGGUGAAUCCGGCCGUGUUUCCACACUUGACCGUAGUCCUGCUGGCCAUCGGAAUGUUUUUCACGGCGUGGUUCUUCGUUUACGAGGUGACCUCUACAAAGUACACACGGGACGUGUACAAGGAGCUGCUCAUCUCCCUGGUGGCCUCCCUGUUCAUGGGCUUCGGUGUGCUGUUCCUGCUCCUCUGGGUGGGCAUAUACGUCUGACGGUAAAGGACACAAGGUCAAAGACAAAGGUGAACAUUCCAGUGGGUCAGAAGUCUCGAACCACAUCACCAUGGCACCACAGACCAUCACCAUGGAAACUGGGAUUGUAAUUGGACUUUGCACUGACAAGUGGGUGGAGAUGGGUGGGAGGUGGUUCUGGGCAUUCGUGGGACUCGGUAUGGGGUAGGGCGGGGCAGGGUUUUGAAUGGAUUCCAUUCAGAAUUAAAGAGAUUUGUUUAAAAAAAAAAAGAAAAAAAAGCCCUUGGAAUUUAUUGUGAUACGCAUGAAUUCUGUACUUCAGUGAUUUGAAUGAAUUUAUUUGUAUUAUUCACUGCGAAAAAACUGUUUUGCAUGAAACACUAAGGUUAAUAAUACGUUUAAUUGAAGUUUACGGUAGAGCACACUGCAAUAGGCCCAAAACAUACCCUAUGCAAGUCCGUGAACGUCAACGACAACAGCAAACCGAUGCAUUACAAACGUAUGGUCCGGUUGUACAUACUCAACCUGCAUACUUAUGCCCCAGUGGAGGUACUACACCCCAGUCCUCAAGGGGGCGAUCCAGGACAAUUGUGAAAGUCUCAGCGGAAGAAAGCACAAAUGGAAGAAGACGGCUUCAUCGAAUUGUUGCCUCCUAUAGCGCCCCCUUUCUGUGACGUUCGACACGGCAGCUUGUGCUCACGUUGCCUUAAGAAUGUCAGGUGACUCAUUUUAGAACGCAACGACGCAUGAAAUCGACUUCACGCAGCUCGAGGCGACUGCAUUUGCCUACGUAGGGUAUGUUUCGGGCCUUACGUGUGUUUGUGUGUGUGUGCAGUACCGCAAAAUGAAUUCAGUAGUGCACUGUAACUACAAUGGAACUGAACAUGACUAGCUUGUGCAUUCAGCAGAUAAGGUUGCAUCUUGAUCAUUGAAGUGAAGCCUGAAAUUUGAUACCCAAGCUGCUGUUUUUAUAAACAAAUACAGCCACAUCCGAUUUAAUUCAAAUUACUUAUAAAAACAAUGAAUAAAUCUAAUGUCCUCAUCCUCUCCUCUGUAAACGAAUAAGGAAUGCUGCAUUCUGGUGCACAUUUCCUGCAAAUAUCACAAACAUUCUGCAUUCUCAUUUUUGCAUAAGCAUGCUCCAAGGCCAUUAACACUGAUAUUUUAAACACUUUCAAUCUCAAUUGCAAAUGCAUUUACACUUAGCCCAGAUUCCAUCUGGAGUGAAUCUACAUCACUGAGGAUAAACCAUAAAUCCCACUGCAGACGACACCUUGAUCCACUUAUGUUUGUUACUGUCUCUGAGCUUUUUUUUACAUUGUGCCCUCCAGAGUAAAGUCACUUUACUUUGA